CGAUACUUCCAUUCGAUUGCGCAGAGAGAGAGAGAGAGAGAGAGACAGAGACAGAGAGAUGACGCUUGUGUGCGUGCCGCUGGUGGCGGAGAUGGCCGCCGCCAGGGCUCGCGGCGCCGACCUCGUCGAGAUCCGCCUUGACCACCUCGCCGUCGUCCAUCCCCGGCGGGAUCUUGAGCUCCUCCUCAAGAACCGACCUAUUCCCGCCCUCGUCUUUUGAUCAACAAGAAUGCCUAAAACUCUACUAAGCUGAACUCUGCUGUACUCCACGCAACUUGUAUUGCUUUGAUUGUCUUUUAUAUUUCUUCUUCUUCUUUUUUCCUUUGGUUUAUCGAAAUAUAAUCCGUUUUUCGUUUUUGUUGAUGGAAAUUGGAGUGGUUGGGGAAUAAAUUACGGGACCUUUUUUGCAUAUUUAAAUUUUACGAGGGAAGCAGCUUAAACCAGCUCAAGGAGGAUGCAACAGGAAGCAUUGACCUAAGAUAGUUCACUCCCUCGCCUGUCUAGUACGCUUUAGUUUCAGUUAAAUAGAUCAACAACAAAGGCUACAUAAUCACAUCCAAUUUUCAAUAUACUUCGACUAUUGCAUCAACCUUCAUCUAUACCUGUCAUGUAUCCAAAUGCCAGAUAUCCAUCGGCCAAAGUGGGAAGGAGGGGAAUAUGAAGGUGAUGAUAGCCGGCGGUUCAACGCACUGUGCUUAGCUAUGGAAUUACGAGCUGAAUACAUUGAUAUCGAGCUUAAGGUUGCUGGUGAUUUUGUUAGAUUCAUAUCAGGAAAAAGGCCAGAGACCUUUAAGCUUAUUGUAUCUUCGCAUAACUAUCAAAGCACACCAUCAAGGGACGUGCUUGGCAGCCUUGUAGCAGGAAUACAAGCUGUUGGGGCUGACAUAGUAAAGAUUGCAACAACUGCUUUGGAUAUUGUUGAUGUAACACACAUGUUCCAAAUAAUUGUGCAUUGCCAAGGAAGGAAUCAGCUGCUGGACAGCCGACUAUCUCUGACUUGUUGAAUGUGUAUAAUAUCAAACAGAUAGGCCCUGAUAUGAAGGUCUUUGGAAUUAUUGGCAAACCUGUGGGCCACAGCAAGAGCCCAAUUUUGCACAAUGGGGCUUUUAGAUCAGUUGGUUUGAAUGCAGUUUAUGUACCACUUUUGGUGGAUGACCUUGCAAAUUUUCUCACUGCCUACUCAUCCCUGGAUUUUGCUGGUUUCAGGUUCUCUGGGGCUGCAUGCAGAGGGAGAGGUAAAAGCAGAAUGUGUUAUUGUAAGACCCCACAGUAUUACCAUCCAUGCAAAAGCUUUAAGACUUGUGAAUAGAAAGAAGAGGCAACAAACUACCUGCAAGACUGAGAGAUAUCAAAAGAGCAAAAAAUGAGCCAAAAUUGGACUCUGUUGCUUGUUAAUUUUGACUAAACUUCUCUCUCUCUCUCUCUCUCUCUCUCUCUAUAUAUAUAUAUAUAUAUAUAUAUAUAUAUGUAUAUGUAUAUGUAUAUGUGUAUGUGUAUGUGUAUGUGUAUGUGUAUGUGUAUGUAUAUGGAUUUUUUUCUUGUAAGUUGUAAUAUCAGUCACUUGGUAAGGCUAGUUGGGCAUGCAGUCCAGUUUCUCCAUUAUUUUCAAAUAAAUAAUGGUUCCAUCAAACAUCGUCAAGAAAAAAAAAAAAACAAAACUCUAUGGAAGGUCUAUAGGUGGUUUCUGCUUUGAGAUAAACCUGAGGCCUUAAGUCGAGGAUUAUUUAUUUGAAAAUAAUGGAGAAGUAAUAGAAGUAGUUUGAUGUCAGAAAGUGAUUGUUUGUCACUUGUUAGCAGAUCUGAUAAUGUAGUCGAAUCAGUUCGAAUUUGUAGCUGAAUCAAAGCCUUUGUUAAUUGCAAAGUGCAAUCCUAAUUUUGCAGCCAAUGAUUCAUAGUCUAAUACA